AUGCAGGGCCUGACGCGUCCCCGAAGUGUCGGGGUCCUCUCCAUCGGCCUUGGCCACAUGCUGGAAGCCGCCGCGAUGGCAUACACCCCCGCGCGUGAGGACCACCACGCUACGACUACCGCUGCUGCCUUGUCUCCUGCUGAUGGUAACUCCUCCCCAGAGCAGUGUGGCGGUUCUGGGAGACUGGAAGACGUUGGAUCCAUCGCCACCGCCAAAUCCGUCUUGCUGUGCUUACGCCGCCCGUCCUCACGUGUGGCGGCGGACAAGGGUGACGUGCAGGAAUACACGUGGCACUGGGGGAGGAGCAGCGUUCAGCGCAGGAAACGUGUCAUUCAGCGAACGAUGGAGGCACGACCGAGACUUCUAGCGUUUUUGCUGUGGCCCUGUAAGGGGGGGGGGGGGGGCAGAGGGAGGCCCCCAAGCGCAGCACAGUAG